UCCAAGAUGGCGGUCGAAAGGCACAAACCUGGACCAUUAAAACAACAAAAUAAAACUCACAAACAUGGCAGACACAGAAGUAAGGGAACAAUGGAUAAACAAAAUAAAGGAAAAGUAUCGAUAAAAGUUUUGUCUAGAAAAGGUGGAGCACAUGGAACUGGAAAGAUUAACCGACGAAAUCAGGCUAAGCAAAUGAGAUCUAAYAAGAGGGAUGAAAUAUUGGAAAAGAAAAGAAAAAUUGGAAAGGAAGGCAGUCCACCUCAUAUUWUUGUAAGGAACAGUUCUUAUGUUAGAAGCUUUUGUAGUGAGGAUACUACUGAAUGGACACCACAACUUAAACAGCGCUUUACUCUAUUAACUCUACAACAUGGCGACCUGUAUGCUAUACUUGAUGCCAUAAAGGUUGCAGAUACUGCCGUSUURGUUACUUCAGCUGAGAAURCAUUAGACUCYUUCACRGAUCAGUGUCUGUCAGCCAUAUUUGCUCAAGGUCUUCCAGCCUCAUUUCAUGUCAUACAGGGUCUUGAUAAGUGUCCUGCUAAAAAGAAGAAUGACAUCAAGAAAGGAGUAAUGAAGAUGAUUGAAAAAAGAUUUACAAAGGAUAAAGUGCAUUCACUUGACAAUCCACAGGAUGCUUUGAUUGCUCUCCGAUUAAUUGCCAACCAACACCAACGUCCUAUCUACUUCCGUGAUAAUCGCCCACACCUUUUGGCCAAUAAUGUUGCCUUUGAGCCAAACAGUGAUGAUGCAAACAAGGGUACUCUUAAGGUGACUGGCUACCUUAGAGGAAAAACACUUUCUGCAAAUCGAUUGGUUCAUUUMCCUGGAUAUGGAGAUUUUCAAAUUGGUCAGAUUGAUGCAAUUACUGAUCCAUUUUCUGGAAAAAUCAAGAGAAAAACUUCAAAGGCUGGUCAAUUACUUAUGUCAGUGGAUGAUGAUUCAGCUAGCACAUCCAUGGAUGAAGACAUUCGUGUGGUUGAUAAAGCUAACCCAGCAUUUCAAGAAAGUCUUCAAUCAGAAGUGGAACCAGAUCCUAUGGAKGGAGAACAGACAUGGCCAACUGAAGAGGAGCUGAACAAUGCAGAAGAAAUGAGAAGAAAACAACUGGAAUCACAAAAGAAUACCAGGAAACUYGUCCCAAAGGGAACYUCGGAUUACCAAGCWUCCUGGAUAYCCGAGGGUGYUGAAGAUGAUGARAGUGAUAACAGUGAAGGCAGUGAUCAUGAUGAUGAUGAUUUUAUCCGGGAUAUCGAAGGGCCUGGUGACGACGAUGAUGACGAUGAAAGCAUGAAAAUGGAAGACGAAGAAGACUUUGAAACGUUAAGUGUAUCAGGACCAGAAACUGACAAUACUAAAUAUGACGAGGACAUUGACAUCGAUGAAGAACGAAAGCAGCUCGAAAAACUUCGAUCAGAGCGGGAAAAUGAAAUGUUCCCGGAUGAGAUCGACACACCAAUGGAUGUUGCCGCACGUGUUCGUUUUCAAAAGUUUCGAGGUCUCAAGAGUUUUAGAACGUCGCCAUGGGAUCCAAAAGAAAACCUUCCCACAGAUUAUGCCAGGAUAUUCCAGUUCCAAAAUUUUAAUAGGACGCGAAAGAGAGUCAUGGUUGAAGAUGAAAUCGAAGGGGCAUUGGAAGGCUGGUAUAUCACAGUUCAUAUAAUCAACGUCCCCAAAGCAUUCAUUGAUUCGUAUGAUCCAUGCAAGCCUUUGGUUGUGUUUGGCCUUCUCCCUCAUGAACAAAAAAUGUCUGUGGUUCAUUUUGCCGUCAAAAGAAUUCCAUCUUACACAGAACCAGUCAAAUCGAAGGAGCGUCUGGUAUUUCACUGUGGAUAUCGACGGUUUACAGCUUGUCCUAUCAUCAGUCAGUACACGAAAGGGGAAAAACACAAGGUUGGUAUCGGUAAAAGACUCCUAUUUAAGGUGUUGUUGUACUGCGGUGCAAUAGUGCUUGCCACUCAGUUUCUCGCAACGGUGUUGCAAAGCAAUCUGCUGGAGAAUUGCACAGAGUUACGGUUUAGCCUUGCAUUUUGUUUUUGUGGUACCCAUGGUCACAUGAAAUGUGUUCUUGARGGAACCCUCAAAGCACAGGAUACGGUCUGUAUGAAUUUAUACAAGAGAGUUUUUCCGAAAUGGUCAUACGAGCCCACGGUGCCUACACCAACCGUUCAGCAAACACACGAACCUGUUGCCAUGGAUACAUAAUGAGAACUUUUCCGUGUAAAUUUUAUCUUAGUACGGUAGUGAUAAUAAACGCUGUCAUCUUGGUAUAUUGCACCAUUUUACCACAAGAAAUGAUAUGAAUUCAACGAAUARUUAAAAUAAAAAUCAGUUUUUAUCCGUGAAAUGUAACCGUGUUUGUCCAAUCCUAAUAGUGUAUAUAAAUAUACUGAUGACAUCAGUGCGCGUUUUUUGAUUCUGAUCUGUCAAAAAAGCUGAGAUACCCAUAUGUACGAGGCAAGCAAUUCGGYCAGGUCAUCAGUUCAUAUUUCCAUUGAAAGGUAUGUCACGGUGGUUCGAASUGUAGUGCACGGGUUAAGUGUCUUAUUUUACAUUUUUAGGCAUGUAAAACCUUUCAAUAAAGUUCAAAAUGCAUGAGUAUAUUACAUAUUGUAAUUGUUUGCACCUGUAGUUUUGUAAUGCAGAACUUUCACCGAGGAAUCUCACAAUUUUAAGACCAGGAUAUAUUGAAUUUAAAUGAAAAAUAUUUUAAAAGUAGUGAAGACGGCAAAAUAUCGUUUUUAUUCUCCGUUAAGGCCCAUUUACACUUGCAAUUUUUGAAGCGCGAUUGUCGCGCGACAAUCGCCUGAGUUUUGAAAAUGCUGAAAUGCAACUCGCAGCGAUUUUCGAUCGCCGCGACAAUCGCAGGGCUGUUUACACGUACGAUUUGAGGUGCGCGAUUGUCGCGCGACAAUCGCGUUGAAAAAAUCGCAAGUGUYAACGGGUCUUUAUAUGAAUUUCUAUAAGGCUUGUUUAAGUUAACGUUGAAAUCAAUGAUAUAAAUGCUUUGACUCUUUUCAAAGAAACACUAAAUUAUUGAUCGAAUAUGGAUGUGUCAGUGCCCACUUUAGUUUACAUUACAAUAGCGUAUGUAACACACUAUGUACACUGCCAAUCAAAUAAAAGUUUUAUCAAAUGUU